ACAUAUUGAAUGCCAGCCCCCCACAAGCGGAAAAGCGGACAUCAAUAAAGUGAGAUCGGCUCUUAACUAGACGUGACGGGCGCUGAGCAAUCUGCUUCUGAAACGACACGAAAGGACAGACAGACUGACUGAUGUCAGUCCCUCUUGUUGGCUGGGUGCCCCGGGCCGAGGGGGGUAGCCGAGAGAAUGAAUGAAUGAAAGGGGCGGAGGGGUGUAUGAAUGGAGACGCUGUGAAUGGGGAAGGGAGAGGAGCGGAGCGGCGCACAGCGCAGGCGCCCCCCGAUCAAUUUCUCAAGGUGUUCUCUGCAAAGCUGAAGAUGGCGACAGACUGAAAGAGGGGCUCACAGCAGGGAGAUCAGGAUGGUCAGGAGCGGAUUCAGCCUUUUGCAUCAGAAGCGGAAGAAAAAAUAAACUCAAGCGGCGGUGGCGGCGGCGGAGGAGGCAGCGGGGAGGAUGAACAUGGCCAGAGCGCGUUUCUGGAAGGGUUCCGCGUUUCCCGAGAGCAGCCGAGGGGGGUGUUGAGGAGGCUACAUGGGAUUCUGCGGCAUCCUGAAAAUAUGGGUGUAUAGGGAUGAUUUCGUUGGGAUUUGUUUCACCGUUACAAUGGCUCAUCCUGAAAUUUAGACGCAGAGGAGGGCAAAGGGGAUCGAUUUGCAAUUUCCAGACGCCAGAGAUGCUGCCCGGUACCAUGCUGCGAAGGAGGUAGGUGACAUUGUUUUGGGGGAAAAACAGGAGAGGAGAACAAACCCGCUGGAGACCGCUUUCGUCUCCCCCCCUAAAAUAUGAUCAGGGGUGCUUGGAUGUACCGAAGGAAAGAUGAUACCGUGUUAAAAAUUUGUUGUGCACCCAAACAAAGCGACAAACCCUGCGCCGAUUCCGAGAGGGCACAGAAAUGGCGAAUGUCUCUGGCAUCGCUCUUAUUUUUCACUGUCCUCCUGUCUGACCACCUCUGGCUGUGCGCUGGAGCCAAGCUGAGGUCCAAGGACCGGGGUUUUGGGAACGCCAUGAGCAAUGCGAUGCGGCCCGAGCUAGCGCAUCUCUCUCCCAGCAAUCCGACCAAAUCCGCGGCUCCAGGUCCUCAUUGCACUGAUGCUCAAGAGCUGGAGCCAGCCUGCACCAAACUGCAUCUGCAGCCUCCGGCCUGGGGCUCUCAGUUCCCCUCGUCAUCAUCCGAAAUCCUGCUGGCUUACUUUAGGAACCUCAGCCUUUCCUUCUGCGAUGGCUACACCAUCUCCGACCUGCUGGCGGGGAUGUCCCGGCCGGAAAGUGUGGAUUGCAGCCUCGAGAACCUGCUGUGGGACCUGAGCAGCUGCGGGGAGGUGUGCAGCCAGUGCGUGCAGGCGUACAUGAGGCUGGACCAACAUGCUCAGGAAAAAUACGAGGAGUUCGAGCUCCUCUUUCUCAAGUACUUGCAGUCCGAGGGAUAUUCGGUGCGCUCCUCCAUGGACGCCUGCAAGAAGGUGUACAAGGCCUGGCUCUGUUCGGAAUAUUUCAAUGUUACUCAGAGUCGGUGCCUCCACAGAAUUCCCUGCAAGCAAUACUGUCUGGAAGUCCAGACCAGCUGUCCGUUUGUGUUACCAGACAAUGAUGAUCUUGUUUAUGGUGGAUUAUCAAGUUUCAUCUGCACAGGGCUACUCGAAAACCACUUAACCAAUGCAGAAGCAGAAUGUUGUGAUGUUAGAUGGGGCGCGUGUGAUCCACCACUGGACGGUGUCUUCAACUCGUCUACCAAAUUCAUGGACUCCACCACAUGCCACCAUCCGUCUUCUCUACCUGUGUCAGCCGCCUCACGGUUGUGUCACAGCAGACUCAAACUUUGUGUGCUAGUCUUGAUUCUUUUGCACACAGUUGUCACUUUUUCUACGGUCCAGAACAAUGGUGGGGUCAGCCUGGAGGCGCUCACUGCGCUGGAAGACAGCUCUACAAGAGAAGAGUGAAGCUCCCAUAAGAGGAGAAAGCAUUAAUCUUCAAAUGAACGCACCUGCCGGCCCUUAAUUGAGAGCAGGAUGUGCAGGUCAGAGGUCACGGUCAAAGUUAGGUGAAAGAAGACAAUAAGUCUUCAGUCUAGCAUGCUGCACCCUCCAGGUUUCUCCUUCUAGAAGGCUGUAGCUGGCUGUUUGGACAGGGUUUGAUAUCAUGUGGCCUUCAGUUGUCUCCCACAGCAUAGUGCAAGCAAGAAACUGGGGUAGAGGUCAUCUGCAAGUUUAGCAAGAUGCGACUAUUUGGAUUUGUCUUUAAGUAUGUUUUUUACAGCUCUAGAAUGUCAGUUUCUGUGCAGGUGAGAUCCAAUGUUCUAAGUGCCCACUGCUCUUAGUGCCCUUCAAAUCUGAAUGUCCUGCUCCCAUGAGUGUCCAGCUGCUCUCAGUACCCCACUUCUUUAAGUGCCCUAUACCCUUCCUUCUCUGGCUCUGCUUCAUUCAGUGCCCCUUAAGUGCCCUGUGACUCUGCUUUGUGAAUAUUCCAUGCCUCUGCUCCUCCAUUUGUCCAAUCAGCAUCAAACUCUUAGUGCACCUUGUUACUGCUCCUGUAAAUAUCCAGUGACCCUGUUCCACCAAAAACAGUAUCCUGUGUCUGUGCUUUUUUCAGGUAUCCAUGUUGUGCUUCUACUCUUGUGCCCUUAUCAUUUUGAGUGUCUUGUGCCCUUAUUGCUCUGAACAUAUUAUAACCCUGUUCUUAGCAGGGCCCAUGCCCAGGUAUUUUUAAUCACUUAUGAUCCUGAUCCUCCUGGAGUGCUAUACAUCUUUUUAGCUAGUGCUCUGAGCCCCUGAUCGUCUGUGCAGUACAUCUCACCACCCUCUCUUGCAUCGUGAUUCUAUGCAGAAGACAUUAUUACUUCAAGGGGUGAUCCUCCUCAGUUAACAGUGCUUGGUAUAAAUGGUUUUCCAUUUCUCAUCUAGAAACAAAAUGACUGGCAAUCUGUUGAUUAUUAACAGAAUUGGCCUACAGGUUGCAGAGGCAUUGUUUGUUAAAGGCAGAGUCACUCUGUCAGUUCUACUGUUGCUCUUAAACUACAAAGCAAAUGUGUAAAUUGUUGAAAGGGGACAGUGAAUGUAAAGCUUACCUGUUUGCUAGGUUUCAUAGUGCAAGGCACUAUAUAGAGUGGUCAUGUUUUCUGAGAACUCUGUUCAUACACAACAAGGACAAUCCACAGCAAGUAAUUAGGUGCACUUGGGGCAAAACUGUAAGUGGUCAUCUGCUUAACUUAGGCCACAACUGAUUUCAUUCUCCAAACCAGACGGCCAGAAUGACUGGACAAAUGCAAACGCAAUGUCCAGAAUUCUGUGACAUGAACCAAUGGUGGUACGGCAAGCUGCAGGGAUGCUCUAAAAUGUUUUUUUAUUGCAAAUGAUAGUUGAUACUCAUAUAUGACCUACUCUUAUGGGACUAAUAAAGCAGAACAUGCAUGUUGAAACACAAACAUCCCAGCACAAUCUGGAUCCAGCUUUGUUGUUUGAGGAUCUUUUCUUCACAAACUAAUACUUAGAGAGGUCUGCCUGAAUCUAGUGAAGCUAGCCUUUAUAGCUGUGAGGUAGACAUGUCUGACCUAGCACCCUUCCAAUAAACUGAAAGUACUUAAGAAGGAUUCUACUAUGUAUCAUUUGGAGGCCACCCAUCUUCUAGGUGGAGUGUCCUGUGUUUGUUUGGGCUAUCAACGUACAGGAGGCUAUGGCUUUGAAGCCACCCUGUUAGCCAAAUGGAUUGACGUUGAUUGGUCAGACUUGACUAAGCCCUGUCAGGGUCUCCUUCUUUUUGCUGAUAUACUGUACAUAUACAUUUUUCACCAGUACAGUAAAACGUUUUGGUUUUAAGUUGUAUGUUUGUCAAUAUUUUAAGUAUAUGUUUUUCCUUUUCAAACAUUUUCAAAAAAGGCAUACAUUUUGCUUAUUUAAUGAAAAAAGAAUAACAAAUAAAAACAUAUACAGUAUAUUUUUUUCUAUGAGAAGCUAUAAUCGAUAGUUCCUUGUUUGCUCAGUUGCAGCACAAUGAGCAUCUGAUUAAAUAUUUAUUUUUUUAUAUAAAUAAUAUUUAAAAGUUGUGUGGAAUUUUACUUCUUAUUUAUAGUUCUAGUUAGAAGGAACGAGAGUGAGAUCGAGUACAUAUAAAACUAAAACCUGCUUUCAGACACUUUAAUUUGACUAAGAGAGGCACUUGUAGGAAUCAAGGAUCAGCUGCCUGCACCGUGGGGAGUGAAUCACCUCAGAGAAUAAGCACAUUUGAAAGCUGCUGCAUUUUGCUGAAGCAACCUCCUGCCUGGCCAGGUGGCAUCAGGUUUCCUACAUACUACUAUGAGUGAGCUUUUUUUGGGGCGUGGGAUGGCGCAGGGUUUCAACUUGGGUAUCUCCUUUGAAAUGCUUUGAGCUGCGUUUGGUGUAAUCAGAUGGAAGAUGUGGCAGGGGCAGAUUGGGGAGGUUCAAAAUGUGGGCUGGCUGGACUAACCUCAUUAGAAACGGACUCUUAUGCCACCCCACAUGUACACAAUCAUAAAGAAAGGGCUGCUUCACAGUGCUGCUAUUUUUAGUUCUCCUUUCUUAGAGCUAUUUUUGUAAGAAAUCUGGGAGCAGAGCGAAGUUUGAAAUGGAGGGCUAUUAUGUAAGAGCCUUAUUUAGGUGGGCUUUGAGGCAUCACUUAGCAUAAAAAAUCUUUCUGUUGAAUCAUUGAAAUAUUUGGGGGGGAAACUGAAGGGGGUGGGGGUUAGCAUUGACAUGAGAACUAGGCAAGAGAAAGAGAAAGCUGAAGACCCCUUAUUUUUCUACUAAAAAUCCUUUAUAUGGAAUGUUCUGGAAUGUGAAGACAGCAGCAUUCCAAGCUAACCCCUCACCCCCCCACAGGUGACAUCUCACAGCACAUGUAGGAUGAGCAAGGACUCAGGAGAAGUGCGAUUAACAUGAGUAUGUGCCAAGGUGAGACGUCCAGCGGAGGCCACCUGAGCUCAAACCCUUGUCAGUGCAGGCAAGUGGCCGCUUCCUUGUUUUGGUGCAAUGGGACCUUCUUUCUACGAAAGUCAAAGGGCGACUGUUUGCUCGCCCAGUUCAUGGAGCUCUCUGCCGACAAGCAGGCUGUAUUCUUUAAGGGGAGUACUUAUGCCAUUUUAUACACUGUGCUUUAAUGUUUAGAACUUUUUUGCACUAGUUCUAAUAUUUAUUUUCUGAGAUGGUUUAAAAACUGUGCUAUAUAAUUAAGUUGUAUAAUAAAUAUUAUAUCAUAUAUGUGUUUCUAGUCUUUCUCUGUAUCUGUAAUGUUUUUUGUUUCUGUUGUAAUUUGGGCAGGUCAGUUGCUGCCCAACGUUUAACCCCAAUAAAGAAAAUUCAGACGUUCAUUAUA